AAAAGGAGGGGGAGAGCCACUUGGAAAGGGCAAGCAAUCACCCAAACGGGACGGAUACCAAAAGGCAGAAGCCGCUCACGCCCACGCCUUCUCCGCCCUCCUCCUUCUUCCAAUUUUUCGCAUCUCAGCAAAGGACCACCCGCGGAAGCUGAAAGGCACAUCCGCCGCAGAAUUACAUGGACUUUCCUCGCAGGAGAUUAGAUUCGGUCAUGACCGGAUCUUGACAUCGCUCGUCGGCGAUUUCAAGCAGGGCGUUGACCCUGUGGCUGUGGGAGGAACACAACCCGUUCGAUGCUGCUUGAUGUGAUGAUAGCUCUUAGAUCAUAGUUUACAUUAGCCAUUACAGCAAGGAGUCCUGAAAUGCUGAAAAGCUCCAUGUUUCUUCCUGCUGGUUCCUUGACCAAACAACUGUAGUAUUAUGAGGGGAGGAAGCUCAAACGAAUAUUGCAGUUGCCAAGUGUGCCUCGGCAAGUACACACUACUUGGCGAUGAAGAAAAUCCAAGGUUGGCAAUGUUCGAAAGACGCCUUCCCUUCUUUGGUUGUGGAAUUGGAUGGUGUUGUUUUCUUUUAGGUUUCCUGUGCCCGUUAAUUUGGUACAUAGCAGCUCUUCUUUAUUGCUGCAAGUACUACAACCGUGAUCCUCGAGAACGGCCUGGGCUUGCCGCUUCUGCUCUUCUGGCAAUCAUGUUUACAGCAGCGACUAUCAUUAUCCUUUCUGUUUUACUGGUAAUGUGUGCACACAAACGAUUCUUGAAUAGCUGUGGUAGCUGACUGAAGAAUGUACAGUAGCUAGCUGCAAGAUAUUCAAUGCAUAUCCUUGAGGAAUGAAGUACUUGACAGAAAUACUCUUUAGGUUCCUUUGUUAAUCAAUUGCUUAAAUCCCCGGGAGAAAUCGAAGGAUUGCCCUUCGCGUGAUAGCAUGUCAGCAUGUCCGUCAUUUGCUCGAGUGUACAUUACUGUACAAUUUUGUGCUGGCAGAUGAACCUGUUGCAUAACAUUUUUUGUACUGGCAACCAAUUGGAAUUUAUUCUUUCAGGCGCAAUCAGAAGAUUAUUAUGCGCGAGCUGAGUAAUAUAUCAGCUACCACCGAAAUAUAUUAUGUUUUACU